AUGCGACUUCUUCAGAAAGCUAGGAUACGGAGAUCUCGUACACAAAUUCAUGAGAUAAUCUUUUCAUCUCUUGACAAACCCAGGCUCCUUAAUAAGCUGUCUACAUUGCUUUCUGAGAUUGGACUGAACAUCAGAGAAGCGCAUGUUUUCUCAACAAAAGAUGGCCAUUCACUUGAUGUUUUUGUAGUUGAUGGUUGGGAUGUUGUGGACACGGUGGGCUUGCAUAAGGCGCUAGAGGCAUCAAUUUUAAGAAACAUGGUUUCAUGGUUUGGCUUCGAGUCCUUAAGUUUACAACCAUUCAGUGCAGAAGAUUGUGUAUCGGAUAUUGACAUAACACUUCUGAGCAUAAAAAGGAAGCUCACUUCUGGAUCGUGUGGAGAUGCGUUUCUUGGCACUUAUGGUGGUGAGGAGGUUUCUGUUAAAGUUCUAAGAUAUGCGGAUCUGAGUCAGAUUCUUUGGAAAGAAUUUAAGGAUGAAAUCCUCAUGUUAAGGGAAGUUGAUCAUGCCAAUACUUUUCGAUUGGUUGGUUCAUGCACAAAGCCACCUCAGUUUUGCACAAUUACAGGUUAUGAAUCAGCAGCAUUAUGUUGGCCACGCAGCAGAUGUUUACAGUUUUGCUAUUUUACUUUGGGAGCUAAUGACAUCCAAGGGAACACGUCCCCAGCUUCCAGAAAAUGCACAUCCCAGGCUAUUAACCCUGAUGCAGAGAUGUUGGGAAGCCUCCCCAUCUAAACGCCCGUCAUUCUCAGACGCAAUUACUGAACUAGAGGAUAUUCAGGCGGAAGCUCAGGGAACAACAUCAGGGCAGAGGAGCCCGGGCGAAGAGAAACCAAGACACGGAAGCUGGACCCCUCAGCUCCUACUCUUUGAUGGAUUACUGACGUUAGAGAAAGUAGCAUCUCACCUUCGGCCUGGUUCUGUCGGUACUUCUUGGAGCCGCAUUUCUCAGUCUUGUUCUCAUUUUUCCUCACGGCUUUGGUCUCAUUUUUUCUUACAUAGAGCGAAACAGAAUUAUCUGCAUGUUGGGUUUUGCAAGUUUCAGUUUGAUGUGUGGAUCCGGAUGGGAUUUCGCUGUCCAUCGAUCAAAAUGGUGGUGGAUGCGAGUGUUGAUUACAAUGUACAGUUACAUUGAGAGAGUUCCAUACUACAUGGCAUGUUCCAGGUUCCUUCUGUAGUGUACUUGGGGAUUGGGAAUUUGGGAGCCGCAUUUCUCAUGUAAAUGAUCAGCGCUUUAUAAUUUCUGUUUUCUAGCACUUGGUUCGUUGCAACGACAAACGUUUUUGUUAAUAGAUAUAGGGAAAUCGCGCCGCGCCUUGCUCAAAAUAUGAGCUAAGACCUAGGACAGAGUUACUACUCCCAGUCUACCAGAGGCCACGAAUAGCUUGCUGUACAACAAAGCGAUGGAAGGCAGACAAUGCUUGGUUCUUGAUUGAGGGCACACCCAAGUAGCAACUGUUACGAUUACACAGAAGACAUGACCAAUUGGACUAAUCAAGAUGAUAGGAAAUCUAUUCUUAUUAAACAAAAUUUAUUUGCGAUACCAAGACCAAAAGUAACCCUGACACGCAAGUCACCACAUUUUGGUAGCAACCCUGCGUAUCAACAUGGCGACUAACCCGGUGUUCGGAGUCAUUCUGACGCUUACAAUCUGGAACUGGUAACUAAACUCUCUACGAAGCAGAAUGGUGUGCUAGAUGGUUAAACCAGAAUACACUUUUGACAGUCACAACAUGCUGGCAGCUAUGCGAGUCGCAGACGAUGCAUUGCAACCGUGUGAUCAAGGCUUGACAUAACAGAUUACGCAGCUAGACUAUAUAAGUAC